AUGCAUCAGAGAGUUCGUAGAUAUAUCGAUAUCAGUAAUGAUAUGUUUGAAAAACUGAAAGUUAUUCAGCAGUUGAAUUAUAUCAAAGCUGAGCUAAUCAAGAUAGGAGGCCAAGAAAAUCGAGGAGCUAUUCGACAAGCCGAUUGA